AUGCAGGUCGAGAAUUGCAUCUCACCAUCGAGUGAUCUCUCCAAGAAAUUUAUGAAUGUGGGCAGUGGCUUUUCGAGCGCCGAUGGAUCAGAGCUCUCGCUGCAGGACCAUCCUAUUAUAUCUGCAAGUGACAACCUGGAGAGAAGUUCACCUCUGAAAAAAAACUCUAGGGAGAUGACGAAUCAGUCAGAGGCAGACAAUUUCCCCGACUCCAAGGACGCAUCAGGGGACGUCCAGAGGGGCAAACUCUCUCCUGAUCUUCACGGAGUCUCUGACAUCCGUCAUAAUUUCGAUGGAUCUGCAGGAGAAAGGUGCAUCUUUUCUCCAUCCGCACAACCUCAGCCAGUCUCAGCAGCUCCCAGUGCCAUGUUCCCCUACGCGAGCCAGCAUGGACCAGCGCACCCGGCUUUUUCUAUCGGAAGUCCCAGCCGCUACAUGGCCCACCACCCGGUCAUAACCAAUGGAGCUUACAACAGCCUUCUGACCAACACUUCUCCGCAGGGCUACGCGACGGCGGGCUACCCCUACGCACAGCAGUAUGGACACGCGUACCAAGGAGGCGCUUUUUACCAGUUCUCCUCGGCGCAAGCGGGACUGGUGCCGGGGAAAGCGCAGGUGUACUUGUGCAACAGGGCCCUGUGGCUGAAGUUUCACAGGCACCAGACGGAGAUGAUCAUCACGAAACAAGGACGACGAAUGUUCCCAUUUUUAAGCUUCAACAUCUCUGGCCUCGACCCAACUGCUCACUAUAAUAUAUUUGUGGAUGUAAUACUUGCUGAUCCAAAUCACUGGCGAUUCCAAGGAGGCAAGUGGGUGCCAUGUGGGAAAGCAGACACAAAUGUAAUAGGAAAUAGAGUCUACAUGCACCCGGAUUCACCGAAUACCGGUGCGCACUGGAUGCGUCAGGAAAUUUCAUUUGGGAAGCUAAAGCUUACAAACAAUAAAGGUGCCUCAAAUAACACGGGACAGAUGGUGGUUCUCCAGUCCCUCCACAAGUACCAGCCCCGGCUCCAUGUGGUGGAAGUGAACGAGGACGGGACAGAGGACACCAGCCAACCGGGACGAGUCCAGACUUUCACCUUCACAGAGACGCAGUUCAUCGCCGUCACCGCUUACCAGAAUACCGAUAUUACGCAACUGAAAAUCGACCACAAUCCGUUUGCUAAAGGAUUUCGGGACAACUAUGACACUGUCUACACAGGCUGCGACAUUGACCGCCUAACUCCAUCACCGGGUGACUCUCCGCGUUCACAGAUCGUGCCGGGUGCUAGAUAUGCCAUGUCUAGCUCUUUCCUGCAGGACCAAUUUGUCAGCACUUAUGCCAAAUCUCGCUUUCACCCUGGCGUGGGGACUGGUCCUGGCACGGAGCGCAGCGUCCCACUCGGCAACAGCUUGCUAUCCCCGCAGCAAAGCGAGGAUCCCACUGUUGCCUCCCACCCGCAGCGAUGGUUUGUCACCCCUGCCAACAACCGACUGGACUUUGCCGCCUCGGCAUACGACGCCGCCGAUUUCGCCGGUAACGCGGCCACCUUGCUGUCCUACGCGGCGGCCGGAGUGAAGGCUCUCCCGCUGCCGACCGCGGGCUGCUCCAACCGGCCCCUUGGCUAUUACGCAGACCCGUCGGGCUGGGGAGGACGCACGCCGCCGCAGUACUGUGGCGUGAACAGCAAGCCCGGCUCGGUGUUCUCCUGCUGGCCCGCCAACUCCCUCGGCGGCCGGGCGGGCGCCAACUACCUGGCCGAGGAGGUGGACUCCAUCCCGACGGAGAGGUCGCCCAUCGGCGGCCCGGAAGAGGCCAAACCCAAAGACAUGACGUCCGAGUCGAGCUGGAUAGAGACGCCGUCCUCCAUUAAGUCCAUCGACUCGAGCGACUCUGGGAUCUUUGAACAGGCCAAGAGGAGGAGAAUCUCCCCGUCUGCCACCCCGGUGUCAGAGACUGUGUCCCCGCUAAAGUCUGAGCUGCUGGCACCGAGGGAGUGUGAGAAGAACUGCACAAAGGACAUUGGUUAUUACAGUUUCUAUCCUCACAGUUAAAACAAAAGAAAAACAUCUAUCUAUCUAUCUAUCUAUCUAUCUAUCUAUCUAUCUAUCUAUCUAUCUAUCUAUCUAUCUAUCUAUCUAUCUAUCUAUCUAUCUAUCUAUCAUCCACAGGUUAAUUGACAAAAUAAAUCGUGAUAAAAUCAUGACAAGGACUGCCACCUCCUCAGUAAAUGGCCAAAGUGUAAAUUAUUCUACCGCAGACUGUUCAGUCCUGGCUCUACUUUCUUUCCACUCUGUAAUUAAAUAAAUCAAAUGUAAAUAUUGAUACUGGACAUUUUGGUGAUAUAGUGAUUGAAUGUACACAAAAAUAGGUUCAUAAAGUAGUGUUUGAAAAAAAACCCUCUUCUGUUAAGUAGCCUCAACUGUCAGAAGAGAAAAAAGUUAAUGGUAAUGUGUACAUGACAUGUUUUUGUGUAGCAUAAACUGGCAUAAUAAUCCCUGUCAGUAAAAAAAACUAUGUAUUUUGUACUUUAUCUAAACUCGUAGGAAACCAAACGUUUAUGAUCACUGCUACAUCCAUGAUACACGUUGUUAAAGAAGUUAUAAAUGUCGGUAUAAUGUAGACUA